UCUAGCGGGCGCCAACAGUGACUCGACCAUACAACACGGAAGUCUAUAGUUGUAGAAAAACACACGUGUGAAUUUAUUUUGUACAUGUGAAGAACGAACCAUGGCUCAAACACAAAACAGUGUCAAGAAAGCUUCUUCUAGAGACUUGUUGACUUGUGGCAACGGGAAAGGAAUCCAUGAGAAACUUCUAUUGAACUCUAAAAGUGCCUCACUGCAGACAGCAAGGGUCCCCAAAAGUAGUGUCUUGGACAGGCUGCAAAGUUUCCUUCCUCAAAUCGCCCAAGCCAAUGAGUCUCUAAGACAACAGAUGGACGAGGCUCCUGCUGGUUUCUUUGACAUUGAGAGUGUGGAGGAUGCAGAGAAAGUCAUCGAGAUGGACGUGGCUCUGGUUGAACUGGAUGAUUCAGACAGCAGUGAAGAAGAUGAGUUGUCGUCAUCGUCAUCAUCAGAGGAAGACAGCUCAGAGGAAGAGGUGCAAACUGUCACCGCAAAGACACUCAAACUUCCAGGUGACAGAAAGAGAAAGGCCAACAUCCAGGUGUUGGAGAAAGAGAGCGAGUGAGAGAACACAUACUGCCAACUUGAACUCUGCGAGAGUUCUGUGCCUAAUAAAAGAAAUAAAUAACCCUG